UGUACUUCAAAGCAAACUGGGAACCAUCUUGCUUAAGUAUUGUUCAUCGUCGUCCAUCUUCAUUACAACCUUCAAUUGCUCGAGUGUCAAUAGACACUCUUCACGCUGGGAUGAUGCGCCGUAAUGAUUUGCAAAUGCAGGGGAUGGAAAACACGGUACCUCCAGGUACUGGAUCCUCCCAGGACACCCCCCCGUGGGCAUAUCAGUCCAGUUCCAGGCUCCUGCCCACGCAGGUGAAGGUCACCGCGACGGUGACGCCCGACCGCCUCAGUCAUCAAAUCGCCCCCAAGUACCCACCCGACGACGAAGGCUCUACCUGGUCUGCAGCCCACAAUGCUUCCGCGAGAUUCCUGCCUCCACUGCCAACCCCCCAAGCCGCGGACGUGGCUCCGGUCUCUUCCUAUCACAUUUGGAGGAAUGACCAUGUGGAUAUCUGCGACGAAUUCCUGCUCGGCCUCUGCCCUCGUUCUGACUCGUGCGGGAUGCACCACACGCCGUACCCAUUCUUCUGGCAACUGUAUAACAGCAUCACGGACAGCUGGGUGUUCCUCAAGUCCAGCGCCCAACGGCUACUGGAACGAAUGUACUGCAAUGUCAACCAGGAGACCGUCAUGCUCAAGCAUGGCCGCGUUGUUUUCACCCUGAAUCUGGAAGACAUGGAGAUCGUGGAUUACUACGUCUACACUUCUGCCAGGCGACUGUACAACUCUGAGAAUCGGCUCUGGAACCCGUAUUUUCCCGCAGUGUGGCGAAUCUACUGGUGGGACGACUAUAAUGAUUGGGUGGAGUACAACGAGGAGGUGUCUGAACUACUCCGGGCCAAAAUGGCCACCAAGGAGGUGGAGUGCUCCUUCACGGUGGAUUCGCGAGUGUACAGGGUGGACUUCAUCACCAUGACGCAGUGCAACGUCCAGUCGGGCUUCGUUAGGGACAUCCGCAUUCGACCCUUAUAUCGUUCAAUCGCAAGCCUUCACCCGCACCUCAAGACAGGAGGCCAGAUGGAGCCCCUCCAGGCUGUUGUCGAUCCCAAGUUCAGCAUGGUUCCGAUGGAAGACACGUUAAUAACCCCCUUUUGGCGUCUGGGUGUGGAGGCGGACAGUUGCCUAGUGGACGUUCCGGUCGGCACAGAGGCCUUCUUCAAAGUCCAGAAAUUUUUUUACGAUAGCCUGCCUGAGACUAAGGUGGAUAUCGUCGUCAUCCAGCAGGUCCAAAACUUCCUGCAUUGGGACAAUUACCAAAGGAAGAAGAAGUCCAUGGUGGCAAAGUACGCCGAUUUAGACGUCUGUGUGGAGCGUCACCUUUUCCACGGUACUUCCAUGGAGGCGGCUGAGAGCAUUUGCCGCAACAACUUCGACCCACGCGUGACCCGCACCGACGGAAGGUCCUUGGGUUAUGUUACUUACUUCUCACCCUCUGCCAGUGUGUCCCACGUGUUUGCUGUCAGGACGCCGCCCGACGGGCUGCGCCACAUGUUCCUGGCCAAAGUCCUUGUGGGGAGGGUGUACUACCACCACACCCCGCCCCCGCCCGAGUGCAUAAUAGAUUUCUACGACACCUGCGUGAACUGCGAGUCCAAUCCAACUAAGUUUGCCAUUUACAACAGCAGCCAGUGUUACCCGUCCUACCUCAUCAGGUACAAAGAUCUGGAUGGCAUUGUCGAGCUCUGAAGUCACCUGGAGUGAUCUGUUCUGUCAGGACUUAGUUAGAAAGUCAUGGCAAAGAAAACUUGUUCAGGCCCUUUUAAGGUUCCAUUUUAUUCAAGUCAUUUACCAAACAAAAAUAAUGACCCUUUGUUUUUAAAAAUGGGUAAGCUAUUGUGGGAUUGCUAGUUUCAAUUUGUGCAUAAAUAUUCCCUUUAAUGUGAUGUUUAUGUUCACACUACAAAAUUGCACUUUAGUUAAAAAGUAUAUUUUCCUUACACUACAGUUUUGUUUUUGUGAAGGAACAAAUCUAUUAAAAUAGCUGUUGCUAAAAAGGAUUU